UUUUUCUUUUUUUUUUUUUUAGCCCCCCCCCCCCCCCUUUCCUCCCUUUCCCUUCUUUUCCUAUUAACCGGUUUUUGUCUCGAAAGUGGGCUGGCUGGCUGGAAGGCUUUAAUGGGGGAAUAUUUUGCAUCGCGCUUUGGCAGGAAUGUGGAAGCUGCAGCCUUAGAAAGGGACCCAAAUUUGCGUGGUGGUGCCUAGAGAGGUCUGUGUGUCUGUCUGGACAUAUAUAUUUAGCCUUGUGUUAGCGUGUGGAUGCAUAUACUAUUUAUACAUCCGUAAUCUCCUGGCCACGCUGGGCCGGAGCUGGGAGCUGGAGUGGCCGCGGCUGAGCGGGGAGCAGGAGGAUGCGUUUUCGCCCAGGAAUGAUUAAUCUGCCUUUUUCUUUCUCCGAGCCGGCGGCGAGGACGCUGCCGCGGGGCAGCUCGGAGGAUGCUCCUUUCUCGGCCCCGCGUCACGAUUUUUCGGACAACAAGCGUGCUUUUAAUCCGGCACGCGUGGGGAGGACGAGUGGGGCUUUCGCCCGCUCCUUCCAGCUGCCGGUGGCGGAGCCAGCCCAGAGGCCUUUGAAAUUAAAGUGAUAUUUUAGAGGAGAGGUAAAAGUUUUCAGCCCCUCCCGGCGUGCAGUUUGCAGAGAGGCGGAGGGUCCGGGGCGCGGGGAUGGAUUUAGGCCGCGCGCUUCCAGCCAGCUCCCCGUGCCUCGGGUUCGCAGGCAGCUUCGGGGUGAAACGCGGUGACGCCGGGGCAGGACAACUCCCCCUGCCCCGCGCUGCCCGGGAUAAAAACGUUGCUUUUCUUUUUGUCUACUUUCAGGAAAAACCCCACGUUCCCACGGGUUGGAAAAACGCCCCGCGUGCAGCACCAGUUCCCAGCUAGAUCUGGAGAUGGACGCGGAUAAGGGGAAGCAACGCCAGUACUCUCAGAGCGAAGGCGAGACAGAGAGGGCUGCCAAAGUAGAGGCGUUCCCUAGAGAACUGUAGCUUGACUUAGCGGCAGUUUGGUAGGAAGUUGGAAGGCUAUAGUGAGCUCCGGGGCCUGGCGCUCGUACCCACCCGUGCCAUCAUCUACCUCCAUCAAUCUGGAGCCUCAUCGACACGUCUCCCCAGGCAGCUGCGGCCAUCUGGCUUCUGAGGCCAGCCUGAUGGCGGAGCCUCGCUUCAACAACCCCUACUUCUGGCCGCCUCCCCCCACCAUGCCCAGCCAGCUGGACAACCUCGUCCUGAUCAACAAAAUCAAGGAGCAGCUGAUGGCAGAAAAGAUCCGGCCCCCACACCUGCCCCCCACCUCCGUGGCCUCCCAGCAGCCCCUCCUGGUGCCCCCCUCACCCGCCGAGAGCAGCCAGUCCAUCAUGUCCCUCCCCAAGCUGCAGCAGGUCCCGGGCCUGCACCCGCAAGCUGUCCCCCAGCCCGACGUGGCCCUGCACGCUCGGCCGGCCACCAGCACCGUCACAGGGUUGGGGCUGGCCUCCCGCGCGCCCACGGUCAGCACCUCUGAGUCCAGCACGGGCACGGGCACCACCACCCCUUCCACCCCCACCUCCACCAGCCAGAGCCGCCUCAUCGCCUCCUCGCCCACCCUUAUCUCAGGAAUCACCAGCCCGCCCCUCCUCGACUCCAUAAAGACAAUCCAGGGCCACAGCUUGCUGGGGGCACCCAAGACGGAGCGGGGCCGCAAGAAGAUCAAGGCGGAAAACCCUUCGGGGCCGCCCGUCCUCGUGGUUCCCUACCCCAUCCUGGCCUCGGGGGAGACCGCCAAAGAGGGGAAGACGUACAGGUGUAAGGUCUGCCCCUUGACGUUCUUCACCAAGUCGGAGAUGCAGAUCCACUCCAAGUCGCACACAGAGGCCAAGCCCCACAAGUGCCCCCACUGCUCCAAAUCUUUCGCCAAUGCCUCUUACCUGGCCCAGCACCUGCGCAUCCACCUGGGCGUGAAGCCCUACCACUGCUCGUACUGCGAGAAGUCCUUCCGCCAGCUGUCCCACCUCCAGCAGCACACCAGAAUUCACACCGGUGACAGACCCUACAAGUGCCCUCACCCCGGCUGCGAAAAGGCGUUCACACAACUCUCCAACCUCCAGUCUCACCAGCGACAGCACAACAAGGACAAGCCCUACAAGUGCCCGAACUGCUACCGGGCAUACACGGACUCGGCCUCGCUGCAGAUCCACCUCUCGGCGCAUGCCAUCAAGCACGCCAAGGCUUACUGCUGCAGCAUGUGUGGUCGCGCCUAUACCUCGGAGACCUAUUUGAUGAAGCACAUGUCCAAACAUACCGUGGUGGAGCACCUCGUGAGCCAGCACUCACCUCAAAGGACGGAGUCCCCCGGCAUCCCCGUGCGAAUCUCGCUCAUCUAAGCAGGCUCUGCCCGCUGGCCGCCCUCCCUCCUGGCUCCGCUGCCGUCUGGGGGCCCUGCGGAGGCCGUGGUGCCACGUCUGGACCCCCCGCUCUGCACCCCCCUGCCCGCCCAGCGGCCCUGGCAGCUUGGCGGGGAGCCGGCGGAUGCGGCCACGCUUUGGAAACGCGCCCGGGCCCCCACGCCCCCAGCCCGGCCCCUGGGGCUGCAGGUUUGGUGACAUCCAAAGACGGUUUCAGAGCACUUUGAAUCUCUGCGUUUUUUUGGGGGUGCGGGGGGUCUUCUCCUUCGGUUAGUCCCUGCCCUGUCUCCUCUCAUUUUGGAUACAAAUAUAUAUAUAUAUUUAUUGGCCAAGAAGUUGGUGCUGCUAAAACAGAAAAGGAAAUAAGACACAAAACGAACCGCGGACCAAGCUGAGCGCCGGACGGCGAACAGGGGCUCGGGCCCCCUGCCGCGGCCUCUUCCUCCCCUGGACUUUCCGUCGGAGCCGUGGCUGGCGAGGGGAGCGGGCAGGACAUGGCCGGGCAGGCGCAGCAGCAGGACGGGCACCGCAGCGGCCGCUGCCUCCUUGGGACGCUUCAGUUGGUUUUGGUUUUAUUUUUAAUGAUGUUUUCCCCUCUGGGCUCUCUCCUCCCACGCUGGACUCCGUCGCCGGGAGCAGGAGAGGGAAGCGCCGGCCGCCGGCGGACACUGGGUGCGGGGCUGCGUGGCUUUGGGGCGAAGCCGGCGGGGGGAGCCCCGCGCCUCCGCUGCCCCCGGGGGCUGGAUGCGGCCCCCGCUCCGCAGGGUGCCGAAGGCAGCGGGAGGGCAUCGCUUUGCCUUGCGCCGGCCCCAGGCGCGUGUACAUAGCCCCUUGUAUAGAGCCGGGGGGGCUCUGCUCCCUGCGGAGAGACUCGACAGAAACUCAUCUAUAUUAUGUACUCUUUGGUUCCGUUUUGGAUAUUAACUGUGUUAUUUUUUUAUACACUUUUUAAGCCUUAACUCAUUGUUUUGCCAGGGUGUUUAUUACCUUCUGUUUAUUAAUUUGAGUUCCCGCAGCCUUUUUCCCCCAUCCCGUGUCCAUCCUGCCUCUGGUUCCUUGUUUCCGACUCGAUGUUGUACGAUACUCAAUAUUGUAAUCUUUUUUGUCAGCAUGUUAAUACUGUGUAAAUAUGCCUCUUAUACACACUGUUAACACCCCCCCUCCCUCCCCCUGCCCUGUUUUGGGGCUUUUUUUAUUUUCCUCGAUGGAAAUCCAGGCCACACGUCCCUAGAGCUAGUUAUUACCUUAUUAAAAAAGGAAAAAAAAAAAAAAGUGGGAAAAAAAAAGUAAA